AUGUCGGCAACAGAAAUCGCCACCUCCGCGGCGGAGAUGGAGUUGCAAGCUCCGCCAGCGUAUUUGAGUCGAAAACCACACCAAGCGACUGAUACAGAUAUACGCUUGCACCAGCGAAUGUUGAGUGCUUGUGCCGGUUCAUUGAUUACAUCGUUGGUAGUUACACCGUUUGACGUCGUGAGAAUUCGACUUCAGCAGCAGCACCUUCUUUUUCCGAAGAAGUUGAACAUCUCCGAUAACUGCUGUCGCCAGCCAUUCUGGGCGGAACAGAGCGGCGCUGGUUCACGGUUCGAGCAAAAUCCACUAACAAAAGUGCCGGUCUCAAAUGCAAAGGGAGGGAUUGUGCUUGAUAAGUUUUGCGAGACACAUGCGUGCGCACAAGACCUGAAGAUCAAGGGCACAUUCCAAGGUCUAUUUAGAAUAGCCAAGGAUGAAGGGUUUUUGACGAUAUAUCGAGGCUUGAGUCUGAUGCUCGUGAUGGCAGUGCCCUCGAACAUAGUAUAUUUCAGUGGUUAUGAGUAUUUGCGAGAUCACUCGCCAAUCAACGAUUUUCCAGUACUCAAUCCGUUGAUGUGUGGAGGUAUCGCGCGUAUCAUGGCAGCCACUGCUGUAUCGCCGAUAGAGUUGUUGAAGACAAGAAUGCAGGCAAUACCAGCAGACAUAGGCAAGUCAUCGAAUGUGAUGAAGCUGGUAUUUAAAAAAGCCUACGAGGAUAUCCAGGCCAAAGGUGCACGCAGCAUCUUCACUGGUCUCCAGCUGACCCUUUGGAGAGACGUCCCUUUCAGCGCAAUAUACUGGGCGUCAUACGAGUACAUCUCCAGGGCAUUGAAAGAACAUCCAUACCUGAAACCCUCGGAAAUCGAUCCUUCUGUGAAGGGUUGGUCUAUGGACCCGAAGGUGUUUGCUUCUUCUUUCAUCAGUGGGUCUGUGGGUGGAAUUAUUGCUGCUCUCUUUACAAAUCCGUUUGACGUGGGCAAAACGAGAUUACAGGUGUCUGGUGAAUCAAUCAAUCCAAGACGGACCAACAAGGGAGAGAACAUGUUCAAAUUUCUCAUUGAUAUUGUCAAGAACGAAGGUGUGGGUGCAUUAUACGUUGGACUAUUUCCCAGAUGUUUGAAAAUAGCACCUGCGUGUGCGAUUAUGAUCUCAAUUUAUGAAGUCAGCAAAAGAACAUUCAGCAGUAUCAACAGCCAGAAUUUGAGCAAUUGA